AUGUACAGAGGCGGAAGAGGAGGCCGUGGUGGCUAUAACAAUAGUUAUAGUAACAACAACAAUUAUUCCAACCAGAAUUCAAACAACACGAACGGCAUGGGCCAGGACGCUGUCACUCUGGAAAUCUUUAACUGGAACAACGCUUCCACCAGUGAUCUUGCGUCAUUUAUAUCCAGAAAGACACGUGUUAGUAUAAGAAAUAUCCAGGUUGAUGCCACUACCAAUGUUUUGAGAGCAAGCGUUCGCAAUGACAAGGAGGCCCAAGAAGUUCAGAAACUCAACGGCUCCAAGUUUGCAGGUGCCAACUUGAAGAUUUCUAUAGUGGGUCUUCAAACCAGUUCGACUAUGGACCUCUUGAAGAGUUUUCUAGCCAGCCGGUACGAUUCCCAGUCUAAAAUGCUGAAUCUGGAGAACAUGAUCAACGACCCAAUACUGGUGUCCAACGGGUUGUUUUCAACUGCCAACACGUCUUCGAAGAUGUUUCCUGCCCUCAUGAAGCUGGCUGAAAUUGAAAAACUGGAUAUAGAGUCCGUGAAUUUGUCGAGCACAAAUCUCGGAGGGAUCAAUUUCACCAUGUCUAUACUGGGAACGACGUUUCCCAACCUGAAAAACCUUGCAUUAACCAACAACAACAUCACCAAGACGAGAUAUUUCGAUCAGUUCAAGGGCAGAUUCAACCAAUUGAGACAGCUGUACAUUUCUGGGAAUCCUGUGCUUAGCGAGAACCCCCAGCCCCAUCUGGUCAAGCUGUUUCCCAGACUUCUGAUCCUAGAUGGUGUGGUCGUUAGAGACGAGGCCAAGGUCAAUGCCAUUCUGACCUUCCCCAUUCAGUCUUCCUCGAUGUUUUUUGAGAGCAAAACCAUCCAGGACACUGCCACUGGAUUCGUGGCUAAUUUCCUGAACCUUUGGGAUACAAGAAGAGCGGAUUUGCUCCAGCUGUACACACCAGACUCUCAGUUUUCCUACCAGAUUGACACCACACAUAUCGCAGAUCCUGUCUCACAGUCGUCAAAUCUGCAGCCACAUAGUUGGGGAUACUAUAUUCCGAACUCCAGGAAUCUUACACGUGUUUCUGCGGGUAGAUCCAGAAUGGCAAGAUUGGCAAAGGGCCCCGAGGCGAUAUCGAAACUUUUCAAAAAUCUGCCAAAGACCAAGCACCAUCUCAUGGACCAGCCAGAUGCAUUUGCUAUGGAAGCAUGGUCGUUCCCAGCACUUCAGGGUAUAAUGGUGGUUUUGCACGGGGAAUUCGAAGAAAUUGGGGCUCCUGAGCAAAUCGCACACUCCACUGGAGGUCCAAAGGGUGCCCAUAGAAGACCGGGCAAUUAUCGCACGGAAGGGUCUCUGGAAAAACGGUCUUUUGACCGUACGUUUGUCAUCGUUCAGGGUCCAAACGGCUCUUUAAUUGUUGCAUCUGAUUUGCUGCUUAUUCGUGUCUACGCUGGCUCCAAAGCAUGGUCUACUCAGUCACCGACCCCAGCUCCAAGUGCACCAUCCGGUGUUGCAUCUCCGGUAGCCGCAGCACCCAGCAACAGCGCCAAUGUGAUCUCACCAGAAGUUUUGAACAAACUGACUCCUAUUCAGCAACAGAUGGCAGCUGCCGUCAUGAAUGAGACCAGGCUGAGUGCUCAAUUCACCCUGAUGCUUUGUGAGCAGAGCCAAUGGAACUACGAGGCAGCACUACAGAGUUUCCAGGCCUCGAAGGCUCAAAUUCCCCCUGAAGCUUUCCAAUAG